GGCAGCCAUUUUGAAGUUUUUGCUGUGUCACUUUGAAGAAAAACUUUCUUUUGAACACAAAAUAAAGAUAAAAUUMGACAAAAAUGGAUAGAAUUUUACGUUUAGGAUCAGGAGGAAUACCAGGAGUUGGUCAGGGAACACCAAGUGAUGCUCCAGUGGUCGAYACAGCAGAACAAGUUUACAUUUCAUCAUUAGCUUUGCUCAAGAUGCUUAAACAUGGUCGUGCUGGUGUUCCUAUGGAAGUCAUGGGUCUUAUGCUGGGAGAGUUUGUUGAUGACUAUACUGUUAGAGUUAUUGAUGUCUUUGCAAUGCCACAAAGUGGAACYGGAGUAAGCGUGGAAGCAGUUGAUCCUGUUUUCCAGGCAAAAAUGUUGGAUAUGCUCAAACAGACUGGGAGACCAGAAAUGGUUGUAGGAUGGUAUCAUUCUCAUCCAGGAUUUGGUUGUUGGUUGUCAGGUGUUGAUAUYAACACACAGCAGAGUUUUGAAGCCCUGUCAGACAGAGCAGUCGCUGUAGUUGUUGAUCCCAUACAAAGUGUCAAAGGAAAGGUUGUUAUUGAUGCAUUCAGACUUAUCAAUCCAAACAUGAUGGUGCUUGGCCAGGAACCCAGACAGACCACAUCAAAUCUUGGACACUUACAGAAGCCAUCCAUUCAGGCAAUGAUUCAUGGUCUCAACCGUCAUUAUUAUUCCAUUUCAAUCAAUUAUCGAAAGAAUGAAUUAGAACAGAAGAUGUUAUUAAACUUACACAAGAAAACAUGGAUGGAUGGUCUUACGCURCAAGAUUAUAGCGACCACUGUUCAGUUAAUGAAAAUAAAGUUAAAGUAGGUUUAUUAAUGAUAAUKAAUUUAACUUAAAAUUAUCGAAAAUGU